AUGGGGAUGAUUGUAUCAUCAUCUCAUACCUGUCAGUCAGCUUCUGGUGUUUCCCACGGGGAGAGGCGGCGAGCUGAGGUGGCCAUACUCAUUGCCCCCCAUCUCAGCCGCCACGUGUUGGAGUUCUCCCCGGUGAAUGAGAGGGUCGCGUCCCUCCGCCUCCGGGUGGGGGACAAGUCUCUCACUGUUGUGACGUCCUACGGGCCUAACGGCAGUGCCGAGUACCGGCCUUCUUGGAGUCCUUGGGAGGGGUACUGGACAGUGCACCGCCCGGGGACUCCGUUAUUCUCCUGGGGGACUUCAACGCCCAUGUGGGAAAUGCCAGUGACACUUGGAGAGGGGUGA